AUGCAGACCAUGGAUAUUGAUAGAGACACGUAUGCCAACAAGCCCAGAAAAAAAGGAUGGCGUUGGUAUACAUUUUCAGGUAUCAAUGCAAAUACAGACACACAGAGAAACACAUACACACACAAACCACUUUCUCAGACGAGUACCUAUUUGUCCCCUCACAAUUCUGGAUUAUAUAUAUAUUUUGUUUUUAGCAUUACGCAAGAGAGUUUAUAAUACCCUGUGAUUCAGCUAAUUUUCAGUGGUGGAGGAGACCAUCCGGAGUUGCUACAGUGUGUCUGGGGCUGCUGUGUGUUCUCCUACUGGCUGGGAUCAUAGGCCUGUCUGUCUACUGUAAGUUUAUAAGUUUAUGAUGUUUUCACUAAUACAUUCUUCAUCAUCAGUAGUUUAAUACUUAGAUGUUCAAAGGACCACAAUAGGGACAUUACUGUGUAUACUAUAUCCACUUGUCGUGACAUGACUUACUUUAAUGUAUGACUGUUAUUUAUCGAAUCACCUAACUAUUUUUAAUUGUCACUUGAUUAAAUUAAUCAUGUAACAAUUAACUCAUUAGGAAUUUGGGGCACCACGGAAGAAGUUGUUUAACGAGUUACCAUCUCCUGAAUUAAACUCUUAGAAGAUACAGUUGAAGUCGUAAGUUUGCGUAAACUUAGGUUGGGAGUCAAUAAAACUUGUUUUUCAACCACUCCACACAUUUCUUGUUAACAAACUAUAGUUUUGGCAAGUCGGUUAGUACAUCUACUUUGUGCAUGACACAAGUAAUUUUUCCAACAAUUGUUUACAGACAGAUUAUUUCACUUAUAAUUCACUGUUUCACAAUUCCAGUGGGUCAGAAGUUUACAUUCACAAAGUUGACAGUGCCUUUAAACAGCUUGGAAAAUUCCAGAAAAUGAUGUCAUGGCUUUAGAAGCUUCUGAUAGGCUAAUUUACAUAAUUUGAGUGAAUUGGAUCUGUACCUGUGGAUGUAUUUCAAGACCUACCUUCAAACUCAGUGCCUCUUUGCUUGACAUCAUGGGAAAAUCAAAAGAAAUCAGCCAAGAAUUGUAGACCUCCACAAGUCUGGUUCAUCCUUGGAAGCAAUUUCCAAACAUCUGAAGGUACCACGUUCAUCUGUACAAACAAUAGUACGCAAGUAUAAACACCAUGGGACCACGCAGCCGUCAUACUGCUCAGGAAGGAGACGCGUUCUGUCUCCUAGAGAUGAACGUACUUUGGUGCGAAAAGUGCAAAUCAAUCCCAGAACAACAGCAAAGGACCUUGUGAAGAUGCUGGAGGAAACAGGUACAAAAUUAUCUAUAUCCACAAUAAAACGAGUCCUAUAUAUACAGUAUCUCACAAAAGUGAAUACACCCCUCACAUUUUUGUAAAUAUUUAAGUAUAUCUUUUCAUGUAACAACACUGAAGAAAUGACACUUUGCUACAAUGUAAAGUAGUGAGUGUACAGCUUGUAUAACAGUGUACAUUUGCUGUGCCCUCAAAAUAAUACAACACACAGCCAUUAAUGUCUAAACCGCUGGCAACAAAAGUGAGUACACCCCUAAGUCAAAAUGUCCAAAUUGGGCCCAAAGUGUCAAUCUUUUGUGUGGCCACCAUAAUUUUCCAGCACUGCCUUAACCCUCAGGCAUAGAGUUCCCCAGAGCUUCACAGGUUGCCACUGGAGUCCUCUUCCACUCCUCCAUGAUGACAUCACGGAGCUGGUGGAUGUUAGAGACCUUGCACUCAUCCACCUUCCGUUUGAGAAUGCCCCACAAAUGCUCAAUAGGGUUUAGGUCUGGAGACAUGCUUGGCCAAUCCAUCACCUUUACCCUCAGCUUCUUUAGCAAGGCAGUGGUCAUCUUGGAGGUGUGUUUGGGGUCGUUAUCAUGUUGGAAUACUGCCCUGCAGCCCAGUCUCCGAAGGGAGGGGAUCAUACUCUGCUUCAGUAUGUCACAGUACAUGUUGGCAUUCAUGGUUCCCUCAAUGAACUGUAGCUCCCCAGUGCCGGCAGCACUCAUGCAGCCCCAGACCAUGACACUCCCACCACCAUGCUUGACUGUAGGCAAGACACAUUUGUCUUUGUACUCCUCACCUGGAUGCCGCCACACUAGCUUGACACCAUCUUAACCAAAUAAGUUUAUCUUGGUCUCAUCAGACCACAGGACAUGGUUCCAGUAAUGGUGUUGUAGUUUUAAACCAUUUUGUAAUGUUUAGCUCACGUUUCACGCUUCUUGGUCUGUAGAGUUGCAACCAUUUGCAACGUUUAGCUCACGGUUCACGUCUGCUGGUCUAAAGGUUGAUUUGUUUUGUAGUGUCUUGGCUCUGUGUCUUGGCUCUGUAACAGAUGAACUUUACUCUACUUUGCUGAAACAUCUGGAAAGCAUUACUAAAGUUCCUGGAAAAAAGGAUAUGGGGAGAUAUGUGAAAAAGGCCAGGGAUUGGAUAUUAAAAUCACGCCAUACUAUGUCAUAUAUGAUAUAAAUACCAUGUCUUGAACAGAGAGAGGGGGGAAUAGCGAAUUACAGAAUUGGCUCCUGCUGUUCUUCAGAUAUCUGCAGGUAUCUGUAAAUCUGACGCUGAAACUCUUUGUUAUAAUAAACCUUUAUAAACAAAGUACAGUGUCGGCGGACUUCUUAUCAUCACGGCAUUAUCAGCAAAGGUUUGUUUUUGGCCACCACAGUUUUUCAAGGAUUUUCACUCGGGGUAAAAGGGGCGUUCCAUCAUGUUUACACGAUCUCUGAUGUCACUCGGGGCGUGGCUAGUCACUGUGCAUAGUUUAUAUGAAAACCUAUUAUCUCAUUAGAAGACUAAAAUCACAUUCCUGUCUUCACCAAAAUACUCUCAUACUUAAUCAUAUAUUUUAUACAACAUUUAGAUGUAAACUUGUUAGAUAGAAUAUGUACACUUUCCGAGUUACAGUUAUUACUUGAUACCAUCCUUAAUGACAUCACAAAAUAAUAAACAAUAUGACAUGAAUAUUCUUUAGAUCCCCACUGACCAUUUCCCACAUCCUUUUAUGUAGGAAUGUUGUUUUAUUAUCCACUUUUGGAUGUUGGAGACUUGGAGGGAAGACUUCCUUUGUCUCACAGGGAAAUUCUUUCUCCCAUACUAGAGACCAAAAGGAGUCCUUUUCUGCAAACUAUUUAUGACCGGCUGUUAAGUCAUAAAACUGGCCCCCAGGAAAGGGGGUGUUCAAACCUUUGCCUAGCAGGAAUGUUUGAUACUCAACCCAUGAGGGCAAGUUAUGACAUACUUGUGUGGCUGAAUUUUGUUAAAGAUUGUUUUAAAAUUCUAUGUUUCUAUUCCAACAGAUAACCGAGUCAUUGGUCAUUACUACUCUGCAGAGAGAUCCCAGGGGUCCAGUUAUAACACCCUGACUAAAGAGAGAGACCAGCUACAGACCAGUAGUAACACCCUGACUAAAGAGAGAGACCAGUUACAGACCAGUAGUAACACCCUGACUAAAGAGAGAGACCAGUUACAGACCAGAUACAACACCCUGACUAAAGAGAGAGACCAGUUACAGACCAGUUACAACACCCUGACUAAAGAGAGAGACCAGCUACAGACCAGUAGUAACACCCUGACUAAAGAGUGAGACCAGAUACAGACCAGUUACAACACCCUGACUAAAGAGAGAGACCAGUUACAGACCAGUUACAACACCCUGACUGCAGAGAGAGACCAGCUACAGACCAUCUACAACACCCUGACUAAAGAGAGAGACCAGCGACAGACCAGCUACAACACCCUGACUAAAGAGAAAGACCAGCUACAGACCAGUUACAACACCCUGGCUAAAGAGAGAGACCACUUGAAGGAAGAGCUAAACAAACAGAACAGU